AUGGCCUCUAGAUUCCACCUCACUCCAGUCAGAAUUGUCAUUAUUAAGAACCAAACAGCAAAUGCCAGAGGAUGGAGACUGGACAUCCUUACCCCGGAGGAGUUUGAAGCGUUUCAUGUCAUCCUUACAGCAGUUUCUUCAGUUCGAUCGGUAGCGGGAGCCGAGAGCGGACCGCAGAGAGCCCUGAGCAACCCCACCGUCGCCUCUGGCCUAGUUACCAUCACACCCCGGGAGGAGCCGCAGCUGGCGCAGCCGGCCCCAUUCACCAUCACCCCAACUAUGAGCAGACCCAGCAGCCACCCGCCCCCUCCCCCCCCCCCCUCCGCUGCCGACACCCCGCUGCCGACACCAAGCCCAAGCCCGGCACCACCGGCAGCGGCGCAGGGAGCGGAUCGGCGGCCCAGGCGGCCUCACAUAGGCGGCGCCUGCCGGCUGGGACAAAAAGUCAUCACAACGAAGGUUUUGGGAACAGUAAAAUGGUUCAAUGUAAGGAAAAGAUAUGGUUUCAUCAACAGGAAUGACACCAAGGAAGAUGUAUUUGUACACCAGACUGCCAUAAAGAAUAACCCCUGGAAGUACCUUCGCAGCGUAGGAGAUGGAGAGACUGUGGAGUUUGAUGUUGUUGAAAGAGAAAAGGGUGCGGAGGCAGCAAAUGUUACAGGUCCUGGUGGCGUUCCAGUUCAAGGCAGUAAAUAUGCAGCAGACCUUAACCAUUAUAGAUGCUAUCCAGGUCGUAGGGGUCCUCCACGCAAUUACCAGCAGAAUUACCAGAACAGUGAGAGUGGGGAAAAGAAUGAGGGAUCAGAGAGUGCUCCCGAAGGCCAGGCCCAACAACGCCAGCCCUACCGCAGACGAAGGUUCCCACCUUACUACAUGCGGAGACCCUAUGGGCGUCCACCACAGUAUUCCAACCCUCCUGUACAGGGAGAAGUGAUGGAGGGUGCUGACAACCAGGGUGCAGGAGAACAAGGUAGACCAGUGAGACAGAAUAUGUAUCGGGGUUAUAGACCACUAUUCCGCAGAGGCCCUCCUUGCCAAAGACAGCCUAGAGAGGAUGGUAAUGAAGUAGAUAAGGAAAAUCAAGGAGAUGAGACCCAAGGUCAGCAGCCACCUCAACGUCAGUACCGACGCAACUUCAAUUACCGACGCAGUCGCCCAGAGAACCCUAAACCACAAGAUGGCAAAGAGACAAAAGCAGCCGAUCCACCAGCUGAGAAUUCGUCCAUUCCCUAGGCUGAGCAGGGAGGGGCUGAGUAAAUGCCGGCUUACCAUCUUUACCAUCAUCCGGUUUAGUCAUCCAACAAGAAGAAAUGAAUAUGAAAUUCCAGCAAUAAGAAAUGAACAAAAGAUUGGAGCUGAAGACCUUAAGUGCUUGCUUUUUGCCCGUUGACCAGAUAACUAGAACUAUCUGCAUUAUCUGUGCAGCAUGGGGUUUUUUAUUAUUUUUAUCUAAAGAAGUCUCUUUUUGGUAAUGGCAAACGUUUUCUUAAAAAAAAAAAAAAAAAGCCUGGUUUUUCUCAAUACACCUUUAAAGGUUUUUUAAUUGUUUCAUAUCUGGUCAAGUUGAGAUUUUUAAGAACUUCAUUUUUAAUUUGUAAUAAAAGUUUACAACUUGAUUUUUU